UAUUAUAGUCUUUUCAAACAACAUCUAAGUAUAAAAGUUGCAUACAAUUUGGCUUUUAAUAUUUUGGCGCGUAUUUCAUGGUACUUCUUUCGUAUUGGUUAUGAUUAUUUAUCAACACAAGUUCAGCACAUUUUACAUGAGUUAAGUAACGAUGGGAAUAAAUUUAUUACCUGUACGUUAUGGGCAUUACGAAGGACACACUGAUAUCUGCUUCUCAGAUGAUGGAGAUAAAUUAUUAUCAUGUGGAGCUGACGGAGAGGUGAGGAUCUGGAAUGGGUUUGAUGAUGAUGACCCAUUGCAAAAUUGCAUUGGUGAAUUUGCCUUGUGCAUUAAGCACAAGGGUGAGCACAUCUUUGUUGGUACGAACACAAAUUUGGUCCAGCAAUUAACAUAUCCAAAUGGAGAUAGGAAUGGAAUAUUAACUAGGUUUACAGCACAUGUUAAUCAUAUGUAUAUAUCAGAAGCACAUAAUUGGAUUGCUUUGGCGUCUGAAGACAUGACUGUAAAGGUGAUGGAAAUAAGUACAAAGGAAACAAAAACGUUUACUAUAAAUGGACCACCAUUGAGCGUAUCGUUGUGCAAGAAUUUGAAGAACUUGGCGGUCAGCUGCGGGGAUGGAAAAUUGAAGAUCUUCAAUAUAGAAGACCAAUCUCUAAUUAAAGAAAUUUCGGUAGUAGCGAAAGCCAAUAGCUUUGAGAAUGCCAAAGAGUUGUGUCGAAUAGAUUUCGACCAGAAAUACAACAAAUACUUCGCGUAUCCAGAUGGGAACAAAAUCUCCAUUCUCAACAUAUCCGAUUGGAAUGAAGCUUUCACCCUUAGUACAGACGCUAUUGAUUCCAACUAUUCCUUAGUUUGUUUUUCACCUUGCGGUAAUUACGUUGCAGCUUCAACUCUGGAUGGUAACAUUGCUGUGUGGCUUUUGCGCUCGCAAACCAUCGUGGGUUUUGAAAAGCAAUCUGACAUAGCUAUCACAUCGUUAGCUUGGAAUCCAAAAGGAAAUGGUGAAUUGGCAUUUGCUGAUGCUCAAGGAAAUGUUGGGAUGGCAACUAAUUGCACAGAAACGGGAGCUGAUGAAGAUGAUGGCGAUAUCCCGGACGAAGAAGGUGCAAUAGAAGAGCAAAAUUACGAAAGCGAAAAUAUCGAUUUUGGAGAUGUGCAAAUCGAAGCUGAAGAUGAUGAUGAGGAUAACGAGAACGCAGUGUCUUUGGAGAAGUUGAAGAAGGAAAUCAUGGGACCUCUUGAACCUGAAUUAGAAGCUAUCGAAGCGGCAGCAUCAAGAUCUCCAUCACCCAGAGCUCGAUCUGUAACACCCGAAAUACCUCUUCAACCUGCGUUUAUGCCUUCUUCGACACCGGAACAUCUAGACCCCAGAUAUAUGUGCUACAAUGAAGUCGGCAUCAUACGUUGUUACGGUUGUAAUUUGGACGAUGAUGAUGAUGGUACAAGAUCUAUUGAGGUGGAAUUCCACGACUCUCAAAUUCACAGCAGCAUGAUGAUACGCAACUACAAAGGAUACACAAUGGGAUCUAUUAGUACUGCUGCGUUAGCUGUAGCAAAUAACACUGUGAUACACGUCGUUCCAUUGGGUUCAUCUUCGGAAGAGUGGCACUUGGUUUUGGAAGAUGACGAAGAAAUCGUGUGCAUAGCUGCUUCGCAUAAUUUGAUUUGCUUAGCCACUGCUAACUAUUUCGUACACGUUUCCACGAUAUUCGGCAUCCAGAAGGCUGUGAUCUCAGUGCCAGGACCAAUUCUGACCAUGUCCGCUAUCGGAAUGGUUUUAAUCAUCGCGUAUCAUUCCACUUCCACGAGGAAAGGAGAUCAAUGCGUUGAAACUAUGCUAGUCAAAUUUGAAGGAACAACCAUUGAAAAUCGUGAUAUGAAAGUAGCGCUUAAGCCAGGUUCUAAGCUUCAAUGGCUUGGAUUCACGGACGUCGGAACUCCAGCUAUGAUGGAUUCAACUGGAAUGGUAUACUUGCACCCUCUGCAAUGCAACCUGUGGAUUCCGUUUUGCGAUACAAAAAAACACCAUAAAAGCCCAAGCGAUGGAUUUUUCAUGACUGCAAUAUACGAAAGUCUGGGAACAAUAAGAGGAAUUCGAUGUAAAGGCAGUUUGUACCCAGGAUUCACGCCUCGUCCCACCUUGACUGAAAUCGAAUUCCAACCACCGUUCCUCGAAAUUGGAACUGGGAAAUCGCAGUACGAAUCCAGCCUCUUCACCAUGUCCACGUUGCAGAUCGAAGGCAUGGAAAAGAAAUAUCAAGAGAUCGCAUUGAAAUCAUUUGCUUUGGCCAUGAAAAAUAAUUUGGAGAAAAGGGCCGUGGAGUUUAUGGAGAUGCUGGGCAAUCCGCAACUUUUGAAUUUGGCUGUGAAAUAUGCUUCAAAGUUCGAUAAAAGAAGACUCGUUGAGAAGUUGAUGGACGUUGCUUCUAAAAUCGACGCCGAUGCGGAUCCUCCAACCUUUAAUGGUUCUUCUGUUUCAACACCGAGCACCAAUGUCAUCAAACCGAAUAAGAAAUUGUUGUUAGAAUCUACAAGCAAAAUCUUAAAUAAAUCCAAGUCGCAGGUUUCUACUCCCACACAAGGCACACCUUCAAGUUCGAUGAUUAACAAUACUCCGUCCACCUCGAUAAUAUCAACGCCGGGGAAUAUCACGUUGAGCGACAUAUCAAUCCUUCAAGAUGAGCCGAAAAAUCCGUUCCUGAAGAGUCUUAAAAAAACACAGACGAGCGCCUUCAAUCCGCUUAGUUUAACAGACAAAUUCGCUGGCAUCGAAAAAGAAAAUGAUUCUGUGAAGUCGGAAAAGAGGAAACAGCCGGAUUCAUCACCGAGCGAGAAGAAUAAGGAGAAGCAAAGAAAAUUGGAUAGAUUCAUGUUUUCUAAGCGGAACUAAGUGUCCAUUUUUUAUUUAUUGAUAUACUACUAUUAAUGAGUUUUAAUAUUUAUGUUUUAUAAUUG